AUGUCUUCCGAUGCCACUGAAUCCUCCCGUCCAAGAGAGAGCCUAAAGGUUCUCUUUGACCAUGAACUCACUAAUGCCCCCGGGAAGUCUAUCAUCGGAGUAGAGGUUGCGUAUCCUCCAAAUGGUUUCACACCACCUCAUCGUCAUGCCGGCGCUACAGUCGUUGCUCUCGUUCAAGACGGCCAGCUCCUUAGUGGCAUGAACGGGAAUCCACCAAAGGUGUACCUACCCGGAGAGAGCUUCGUUGAAUUACCGGGGUGCCAUCAUACGGUUGGAGAAAAUAACAGCAAAGAGGAAAGCGCCAAGCUUCUGGCAAUUUUUGUGGUUGACACCUCGGUGGUUAAGACCCAAGGCUACGCGGGGUUGAGUGUGUUCGACUAG